AGUUUGCGCAUUUCUUAUGAUAAAAUGACUCGUAUAGGCUACUCACACCAUUGAACUGCAACAGUCCAAUGACUCAUGCACAUCCCGACCAGUGUGUUUUGCGCGUGACUUCCAUCAAUACGUGACGUAUACCCGUGGAGAAGGAAGACAGGGAUGGGGGUGAACAUUAUGCUAUGAGCCUAGUGUAUGUUGGUGGCUAACUACUUAUAUUUUUAAAGUAGUUAACUAACUAUAGCCUGCUAUCAGAGUGUUGUUAAUUUCGACUACUUCAUCGUUGUAACGUAAUUUAUACAUUCGUCGAAAUUCGGAAUAAUUCCUGCAUUAAUUUAAGAUGAAUGCCCUCGUGGCCUUGUGCCACUUCUGUGAGCUGCAUGGCCCACGGACCCUGUUCUGCACCGAGGCGCUGCACCCUCCGUCUCCUUCGCCUCCCCAGCCAGGCACCGCCAUCCCAGGAGACAGGGAUAGGGAGGGAGACCGGGAGGGAGAGGGGCUCACCAUGAGAGCCAACAGUUCAGCUACACAGAGGGCAGACAUGUGCGAGGGCUGCCGGUCCCUCCCAGUGUCUCACCCAGGUUUUGUGAGUGUGGACAAUGAGACGGGAAUCCGCUUCCUCAGUCACCAGCACCCCAGACAGCCCCAGCUCUUCAGUGUGGUGCGCCAGGCGUGUGUCCGGAGUCUGAGCUGCGAGGUUUGUCCAGGCAGGGAAGGCCCAAUAUUUUUUGGUGAUGAGCAGCAUGGCUUUGUGUUCUCCCACACGUUCUUCAUCAAAGACAGUCUGGCGCGGGGUUUCCAGCGCUGGUAUAGCAUUGUUGUGGUGGCCAUGGACCGGAUCUACCUGAUCAACUCCUGGCCCUUCCUGCUGAGACACCUGAGGCUUACCAUCCAGAGCCUGCAGAGCACCGCGCUCAAGGUGUUUGACAGUGAGCAGUGUGUGUGUCCCCAGAGGGCAGUACGGAUGAACAGUGCCUUCUCCCCAGCCGUCUUCCCCCACCAGAGAAGCGGAAAUGCUGCCCGCUCUCUCCCCUCUCUUACCCAGCACCCUAACCUGUGGGCCAGUCUGCACUCUUCCUUUAGCUGGCUCCUGAAAGCUUGUGGGAGCCGUCUCACAGAGAAGCUUCUAGAGGGAGCUCCUACUGAAGACACUCUGGUGCUCAUCGAGAGACAGACUGAGCAAGAGGAAGAGAUGAUUGGGUGGGAAGGAGCAGAAGGAGGAGCAUCUUUAUCUCAACACAGCCAAUCAGAGACAGAGUUGGGGCGGGACUUCCUAUGUGAAGGCGGGAAAGGGGAUGAGCUGCCCGGGCCAAAGUUCAAAUCCCUGAGACAUCUAAGACAGGUAAAGGGAGUGGAGCAGUAUAUCAUGCAGUAUGCUGAACUUGACAGCUUUUGGGUCCUUGGAGCCACAGAGUUCCGGCAGCUGGCAUGGCACGUGCUCAUGGGAAACCAAGUGAUUUGGAGAGGAGCAGACCCUUCGCUCAUACAGUCCGCCUUCACUGUGCUGAAGGCCUUGCUCCCUGUUGGCUGCGUGCGCUCUGUGCCCUAUAGUUCUCAGUAUGAGGAGGCCUAUCGUUGCAACUUCCUGGGCCUCAGCCCUGAUGUUCCAAUUCCCGUCCAUGUCAGCUCCUCUGAGUUCUCGGUUCUGGUGGAUGUGGUCAACGCUGAGCGAGGGUCUCUGUACACUGCAGUCUGUGAUGAUGACAUCCUGUCUCUGUACCAAUUCAACAUUAGCAGCGCCAGCACUCAGCCCACUGACAGAGGACCCACGCUACUCAACAAGGUAGAAGUCGCACUUUCCAAUGAGAACCUCUCAGUCGAGGUGGUGUCACACUGUCUUCUGUGUCUGAAAGAGGAGUGGAUGAACAAAGUCAAGGUGCUGUUUAAGUUUUCCAAAGUGGAUGGGCGAGGUCGGGAGGACACCCAGAAGGUGCUGGGGCUCCUGGGAGCCACAGGGCCGGGGGAGGAGGACAACGUCCGGCUGCUUAAGUUCUGGAUGACAGGGCUGAGCAAGACCUAUAAGAGCCACCUAAUGACAGCAGUCAGAGGGGGAGAGAGGACUGUGAGCCAAUGAGACAGAGGGGCUGGGGUGCAUACCCUCAGCUUCACGCAGGACUGGGAAUGCCUGGAAGGGCCACUGGGAAUAUGGUCAAGCUUCAAAAGAUGUAGAAAUGCAGAAGCACUGGACAAAGGAGAACAACAGAUAAUGUGCACCAUUAUAUAUACUUACACUGGGCUUUUUGUUGUAUGAUAUUAACAGAUGGCAGGUACUGACCAUGUAAUGACGCUUCUCUAACUUUCUUGUUUCACACUGAAUGUUCCUGUCCAGCCAACAAAACAUGGGAUGUGUUAUAACAUUGAAGGAUGGUGAUAUAACAAUCUUGUUGAAAACGGUAAAUUUUGGAUUUAUGCAUUUAUUCCUAGAUUAUUGUUUAAACAAUGUGUAAAAUAUUGCUGUAUAGAUACUUGUAUUAUUUAAUAAAAUGGUAGAUGUGCUCUAAA